CAUUAAUAAAUCUCUAAGCCGAGGAGGAAACUCUGGCUGGGGUUGUGCGCGCAGCUCUAGCGGGGUGUUGCGUGGAACAGCGGCGCCCGAGAGGGUGGCGGCAGGAGCAGCCCAGCUAGCAAAACACAGUAGAGGCAACAAACCGAGGGGAGCCCUCUCGUAAACACAUUCCCCUCCUCGGUCACUUUUCCCCCGAGGGCCGCGCACCUGCCUGCUUCUAAAGUCCGAGAAGGCUCGGACUGCUAUGUAACGUCGAAGCUGCGAGAGGAGGAAGGGGUGUGGGGAGAAGAGGCUGGGGCCAAGUUUGCGGCCACUUCGACAGGCGCCCUCUUAGCCCUCGCCUGCGCCUUCCUGUAGUUGGCCUGGGUGCCCUUGUCUUCUCCAGCUCCCCAGCUGCUGCGGUUCCCGGCGACAUGGUGACGAUGGAGGAACUGCGGGAGAUGGACUGCAGCGUGCUCAAAAGGCUGAUGAACCGAGACGAGAACGGCGGCGGCGCGGGCGGCAGCAGCGGCCACGGCGCCCUGGGGCUGCUGAGCAGCGGCAAGUGCCUGCUGCUGGACUGCAGACCGUUUCUGGCUCACAGCGCGGGCUACAUCCGAGGCUCGGUUAACGUGCGCUGCAACACCAUCGUGAGGCGGAGGGCCAAGGGCUCCGUGAGCUUGGAGCAGAUUCUGCCCGCCGAGGAAGAAGUGCGCGCCCGCCUGCGCUCCGGCCUCUACUCGGCGGUCAUCGUCUACGACGAGCGCAGCCCGCGCGCCGAGAGCCUUCGCGAGGACAGCACCGUGUCGCUGGUCGUGCAGGCGCUGCGCCGUAAUGCCGAGCGCACAGAUAUCUGCCUGCUUAAAGGUGGCUACGAGAGGUUUUCUUCUGAGUACCCAGAAUUCUGCUCUAAAACCAAGACCCUGGCAGCCAUCCCACCACCUGUGCCCCCUAGUGCCACUGAGUCCUUGGACCUGGGCUGCAGCUCCUGUGGGACCCCACUGCACGACCAGGGGGGUCCUGUGGAGAUCCUUCCUUUCCUCUACCUCGGCAGUGCCUACCAUGCUGCUCGCAGGGACAUGCUAGACGCCCUGGGGAUCACGGCUCUGCUCAAUGUCUCCUCGGACUGCCCCAACCACUUUGAAGGACACUACCAGUACAAGUGCAUCCCGGUAGAAGAUAACCACAAGGCGGACAUCAGCUCCUGGUUCAUGGAAGCCAUUGAGUAUAUUGAUGCCGUGAAGGACUGCCGCGGGCGCGUGCUGGUUCACUGUCAGGCGGGCAUCUCCAGAUCAGCCACCAUCUGCUUGGCCUACCUGAUGAUGAAGAAACGCGUGCGCCUGGAGGAGGCUUUUGAGUUCGUCAAGCAGCGCCGAAGCAUCAUCUCGCCCAACUUCAGCUUCAUGGGGCAGCUGCUGCAGUUCGAGUCUCAGGUGCUCACCACGACCUGCGCUGCCGAGGCCGCUAGCCCCUCGGGGCCCCUGCGGGAGAGGGGCAAGGCCACGCCCACCCCCAGCUCGCAGUUUGUCUUCAGCUUCCCAGUGUCCGUGGGUGUGCACUCGGCCCCCAGUAGCCUGCCGUACUUACACAGUCCCAUCACCACGUCCCCCAGCUGUUAGGGCUUGUCUUUGAAUGCCAAGUGCAGGGGUGGCCCCCAGCCAGGGUUGUACAAGCCACGUGUGCGCAGCAAGUAGGGACUGACCAGUGGGGGGCCAGGUGACCAUGCUCCGUCCCCAUCCAUUUCUCCCUGGCUAACCACAGGGCCAGCUAGAAUGGCAAUAACGACUUUGAAUACACCUUAAACGCAAACAAACAAAACACUCCAACCAAGAGCAAUAAUGGCUGCAUCUGCGGCCAGGGAAGACUGACUGGUUUAUGUGUUGGUUUUACUUUGCAGGUAGAAAUUUACCUCAUUUUUUUUUUUUUUCUUAAGUGGUAAGGCUUGAAGUUAUGAAACCUACAAAUGUGCUCCUGGCAAAAGUGCUCAACCAAUUUUAUUAAGUGGGGAGGGAAAGAGGAGGAAGCCAGUUUGCCAGAAGUGCCUGGCUAUGCGCUUGUUCUUCUACUGUGUUCAUAGGAAUUUUGUUCUAGAUAACUUGUAGGCUGCAGUAUUCACUUCUAAUUAGUCGCCAACUGAAUAAUUGUGCUUAGUGAAUCUUUGAGGAUGUCUAAGCAGGAGUCUGGUGAUGUGGAUUGGGAAUGUAUUGCUGUUGCAGUCACACGGGAGAGUACGGAAACACACAGGUUGUGCUAGCAACGAGGGAGGGAGUGGUGUCUGGGUUUCUGCCAGUCAGCUUGGUCGCCCUCCUGCGAUGCUGACCUAGUAGCGGGCAGGGCGGUAGUGCAAGGGAAAGGUCUGUGGUUGGUCACUUUCACAGAUGGUUCCUGAGCACAGUGACCCAGCCACACAAGCCUGCCUUUCUCCAGUGACCCCUUUGGUAGUGGCUAGAGCGUUUUCUUCCAACUCGCCUACGAUUUGGAUAUUGUCUGUGAUAGAUGCCAUAUUUUAAGAGGUGCUCUGGGAAAACUGGGUGCAAUUCAGAUUUCCAUACAGUGAAUGAUUGGGCAAGGCCCCCAUCAAAGCCAGAUCACUCAAGAUGAACUAAAACCAAAUCAUUUUGCAAGUCAAAAUGUAUCACCACCCUCUUUCUCUCUCUCUCGGAUAAAUUGACGUUGUCACUUUUAGGAAUUUACUUGAAGUAUACCAAGAAAUUCUUAUUAAAUCCCUCCUUGACAAGUGAAUACUUUCAAAGGCCCUCUUUUGAAUAAAAAGUAAGUAUCUGCCAUGACUUGGGGCUCCUUAAAGUAUGGAGGAGUGGGGAACAGCAGUGGUGGGGGCUGGCUGCUGGCUCUUGUGAAGUACAUCCUGUGGGGGACUUGGCCGUUUUGGGUUCUGACUGGGCUAAGGCCGUUUGUAAGGCUGUAAGGAGCCUUUCCAAAUGGAGUUUUUUUCUAUGGGGAAGGCUUGGGGUGGGGACAUGUUCUGUAGUACUGGGGAACAGUAUUUUGGAGUGCCCGAUUAGAGAUCGCUACAGGCUUGUCAGGAAUGAGGAAUGAGAGCAUGUUCCUGUUGUUGUCGUUGGGACUCCGCCCCCUCACUGGGGAACCUCCCCCCCCCACUUGAGAGUCUGGAUCUCCGUGAACAUUCUCGAUCACACAUAAAUAACUUCAAGCUUCAGUGUGACGAUCAUGGUGGAAUGCUCUUUUCUCAUCUGCCAUCCCAGAUAGCCCGGGUUCGUCCUAUUUCCCUCUGUGAACUGUGAACCUGUGCUGGCAUGGCUUGUCUUGAUGGCCUGGGUCAAACUCUGCCUUUGGGUGAGUCCAGAGUCCUCGCUUUUUUUUUUAGAAGAAGGAAUGGCUACCCUACUUCCCUGCCUCUGCUGCUUGGCUGAAGGCACGAAGGAGCUGAGCUCCAGGGUGGCGGACCCGAGUUGUAUGGGCCUCCAUUUCCCCCUGCUUCCUGGCCGCCGAAGAGUUAGAUUAGAUAGAGUUUUGUAGUUAGGCAAGCCCUGGGCUCCGAGAACGGAAGGGCUUCUGGAGGGCAGAGAAGCAGCCUUUAGGCUACGUUCACUUUUUAUACGAGUGUGUUUGCCAAAUGUGUCCUAGUUCUCAGACUGGAUCCCAACCACACAGGCAGUGGGAGCUCCAGCUGUCCCUCCCCAGCUUCCCAGUGCAGGCCUUCUAUGACAAUGUCAAGGGGCUAUUUAUAAAGGCAUUUUCUUUGUACUUGGUAACAGCAUGAGACCCAAAACUCUAAGAAUAUAGGACAUUGGUUUGAUUGAAAAAAAAAAGUGUGUGUGGAGGGACAACCCUAAAAAGUUCUCUCUCCAGAAGCUUCUUUGAUGGCCUGAAAUAAGCUCUAAUGAAGACCCUGUCCCAGGGACAUUCCAAAUGGUUAGUUUCAAAAAGACAGCAUCUUGUCCCAAGAACUGAUUUCUGGUGAUGGGACAUCUUUGUGAUGGCCAAAAGCUAUUCAAUAUUUGUCAGAGAAUGAGGAACACUCCCAAUUCUCCCCAGGAAUCUCGUCUCAUCCGUGGGUGUUUGUCGGGGAGUCUGAAGGCUGAAGCACAGGUGAGCAGGUGGCUCUCAGCUUCAUUUGCCCCUGUGACCUGUGCUUGGUUUUCCAUACGGCUGGGGAAGCCAUGAGAAGUGACUCAGAGUCCUUGGGAAGGUGGCAAGAAGGGAGGGGUAAUUGGGAGUUAAUCCCAGGGGGAAGGGACUGGGCCGUGAACAUGAAGCCUGUGGGAAUGAUACAGUAGUUGAUAGUGGUUGUCCAUCACAGUUGCCUGGGCAAUGUUAAGCCCCUCAGAUCCACAUGACCCUUGCCCAGAUAAAGCAGGACCCGGACGCCAAUAUGUUACAGUGUUCCUAGGUGCUUUCCAUGUGCCUAGUUUCAGUCAGGUUUUGGAGAUGCCACUGCUUCUGGGUGGUGGAAUUCCCACAGAGGUGAAACGGGCUGCAGCGGAACUUUGGUACUGGGUCAUUGUGGUCCCACUGGCCACAGCUGGCUGAGGGAUGAGGUGGUUUCUUUGCGGGAGCCCCUGCGUGGGAACCAAUUUGUGGAGCACUGUGAGUGGGCUCAAUGUAGUGUCUGGGUGUUGAUGUAUUUCCUUCAACUUUGUCUCCAUCAAGAAAGAUGGAGAAAGUAUGUGUUCGUUUUGAAGCCCUCCUUCCAGGGCCCUGCCCUUCCUCCCUGCUCAUGACUCAUCCAAUAGACUUCAGAAAGAUAACAAUGCAAUACUUGUACCUUGUGUAAAUAGCCCUGUCUUUCUGAGUGGCGUCAUUUCUACAUUUGAUAUGCCUGUAUUUCUGUAGGAUGUACAUAGUAUAGGGGUUUUUUGUUUUCUAGAAGAGUCAAACAUGUCCGUUUUUAUUUAUUGCUUGAAAACGAUCAUUUAUUUGAAAAUAAAUUACAUUUUCAACCGUU